AUGGAGUCGAAAACAUCCGCCCAACCUUACCUUCAAGACGAAAUUCUCCGACAGAGUCUGAAAAAUCCGGAUCAGUUCUGGUCGCACCAAGCUGAGAACCUCUACUGGCACAGGAAACCGGAACUCGCACUCCGGACAUCACACAAGACUCUACAAGACGGCACCACUCACCCAACAUGGGAAUGGUUUCCCGGAGGGGAGAUCUCAACUUGCUACAAUUGCGUCGACAGGCAUGUCGCCGCGGGCAAUGGACACGAAUCUGCGAUUUAUUACGAUAGCCCCGUCACAAAUACAAAAGAGACGAUCACGUAUGGUACGCUCCUCAGUAAAGUUGAGACCCUGGCAGGCGUCCUACGAGAGAAAGGAGUCAAGAAGGGUGAUGUGGUGAUGUUGUACAUGCCCAUGAUCCCUGCUGCCUUGAUUGGCAUGCUUGCUGUAAAUCGUCUGGGAGCUAUACACUCGGUCGUGUUUGGAGGGUUUGCGCCAAACGCUCUCGCACAACGAAUUGAGGCCUGUAGACCAGAUGUAUUCCUCACUGCAUCGUGUGGUAUUGUUGGGAACAGGCCGCCAAUUGCCUACCAGCCACUGGUUGAAGAAGCGAUGAAGAUUUCAUCCCACAAGCCUUCACAAACAAUCGUAUGGCAGCGCGACCAAUUACGCUGGAACUGUGAAGAGUCUAGGUCUGGUUGGUGGAGGACCAUAUGGAGCUGGAUACAACAAGUUCUCUUCCGACGCAAGACAACAACUGCAAGACAAUCGUCUUGGCAGGAGCUUGCAGACAAUGCCAGAUCAAGGGGCAUCAAAGCCGACUGCGUACCGGUCUCAAGUAAUCAACCGAUUUAUAUCAUGCAUACCUCUGGUACGACAGGAGCACCAAAAGGUGUGGUGCGCAAUUCAGGUGGUCACGCGGUUGGCCUACAAUUUACAAUGAAGUACAUCUUCAACAUCCACGGCCCUGGCCACGUCAUGUUUGCAGCGUCAGAUAUCGGUUGGGUUGUUGGUCACUCUUAUAUCCUAUAUGCGCCAUUGCUUGCGGGAGCGGCCACCGUUUUGUACGAAGGCAAGCCGGUAGGAACACCUGACACGUCUGCCUUUUGGAGAGUUGUGGAGGAUUACAAGGUGAAUACCAUGUUUGCAACCCCAACAGCCCUACGGGCCAUCAAGCAAGAUGACCCUAGUAACACAAAGCUGGCUGAGAUUGGAGAGCGUGGAGGCUUACAGUCACUGGAAGCUUUGUUCCUCGCCGGUGAAAGGUCCGAGCCGACUCUUGUCUCCAUGUAUCAAGAGCUUCUUGAAAGGCACGGUGGAAAUAACGCAAAUGUUAUCGAUAAUUGGUGGUCAACUGAAGCUGGGUCUCCCAUCACUGGCCGAGCGAUUGCGCCUUACAUCGGGCUGAGAAGUGAGGUUGAGUGGAAAGAGAACCUCCCUCCAAUGAGGCCAGGAAGCGCCGGGAAGUCAAUGCCAGGGUUUGAUGUUCGAAUCGUAGACGAGCAGGGCAAAGAGGUACCAGAAGGGUUGAUGGGUAACAUUGUCUUGGCCUUACCUCUUGGCCCGACAGCAUUCAACACCCUCUGGCUGGGCGAGGAAAGGUUUUAUGCCAGCUAUCUGAAGCGGUUCGACUCCAAAUUUCUGGAUACUGGAGAUGCAGGCUGGGUUGAUCGGGAUGGCUAUGUCCAUGUGAUGAGUCGAAAUGACGAUGUGCUGAACGUCAGCGCCUAUCGAUUGUCAAGUGGUGCUGAUUUCAUGCCAAAUGCAGGAUCCAUUGAGGAAGCCAUUUCUUCGCAUCCCCAGGUUGCAGAAGCGUGUGUGGUCGCUAUUCCAGAUGAGCUGAAAGGCCAGCUUCCAUUCGCAUUUAUCUCUUUAUCUGUACCAGAUCACCAAGACUCAGCCAUACCGACAGCGACAGUCGCGUCGGAGAUUCAGUCGCUCGUAAGGAGUCGAGUUGGAGCAUUUGCGGCUUUGGGAGGCAUAGUACAAGGCAAAUCUAUGAUACCGAAAACGAGAUCCGGGAAGACAUUACGGCGUGUGCUUCGGGAGUUGGUGGAAAAUGGAGUUUACGGGGAAUUCGAUAAGAGUGUUGAUGUGCCAAGUACAAUCGAGGACGGAAUGGCCGUAGAAGUUGCAAGGGCCAAGAUUCGUGAGUACUUCGACAAAAACCAGGGUAAACACAAGGCAAUUGAAGGGAGGGGAACGGCAUGA